CCUCACCGGUAGUUGCAUCCUUUGCUUUAACCACCGAUAAGCCCAUGGUUUAGCUAACGUUAGCCGUUUAUACAAACCAGCUCACAAACAAUUGUUGUUAUAUAUAUAUUUAUUUUUUUUUAUGUCCCGAAUUCCAGAAAUAUCUGUCAAGAAUUCGAAACGGAAAAUAAACCACAUUAUGGAGACGGAAAUACACGUGCCUGUGGGGUCGCCGGUAAUUCGAAAAUUCCCGAUUUUCGUGGAGGAACAUAACGUAACCGAUGGGGCAAUGAAGCUGAUAAAGCAGCUUCGGCCAGCGUGGGACAUAAACCAUGUCAAGACCAAGCUCUUCACUGAUGGGACCACUAAUAAGCUGGUGGGUUGUUAUGUGGAUGCCAGUCCAGAAGACGUGGUUCUGGUGCGUGUGUACGGGAACAAGACGGAGCUGAUCGUCGACCGAGACAACGAACUCAAGAGCUUCCAGGUGCUACAUGCUAAUGGCUGCGCGCCACGCCUCUACUGCACCUUCCAGAAUGGCCUCUGCUACGAGUUCAUGCAGGGGGACGCUCUCGGAACACAGGACGUCAGGGACCCUACUUUACUCAGACUGAUAUCCAGGGAGAUGGCUCGUAUCCAUGCGAUCCACGCACACAACGGCUGCAUCCCCAAACCCAACCUGUGGAUCAAGAUGAGGAAAUAUUUCUCUCUGGUCGCCACCGAGUUCACCGAGCAAGCCUCUAACGCCAGGAUCCAGCAGGAGGUGCCCAGCCAGGCAGUGUUGGAGCAAGAGAUGGUGUGGAUGAAGGAGCACCUGUCUCAGCUGGGUUCUCCUGUGGUGCUCUGUCACAAUGACCUCCUCUGCAAGAACAUCAUCCACAACAGCAAAGAGGGCCAUGUCCGAUUCAUAGACUAUGAAUACUCUAGUUACAACUAUCAGGCCUUUGACAUCGGGAACCACUUCAACGAGUUUGCCGGUAUGAGUGAGCUGGACUAUGGGCUGUAUCCUAGCCGUGAGAUGCAGCUGGAGUGGUUGCGUGUGUAUCUGCAGGCGUACAAACUGUCCACUAAGAAAGGAGAGGAGGUCAGCGACAGAGAGCUGGAGACUCUCUACGUACAGGUCAACAAGUUUGCCCUGGCAUCACACUUCUUCUGGGGCUUCUGGGCACUCAUCCAGGCAAAGUACUCCACCAUCGAUUUUGACUUCCUGGGGUAUGCUGUGCUGCGCUUCAACCAAUACUUCAAGACCAAGCCUGCAGUGAUGGCCCUACAGAUCCCAGAAUGAGCAGAGAAGGAGAAGACGAGAGAAGAAGAGAGGACCCCAUCACUGGCACUGACCAGGGAAGGGCUGUGCUGGGGUAAAAGGGUUGGGCUAGGAGCUGGGGCUUGGGGAUGAGGGCAAGGGUUGAGCGUUAUUACUGGGGUCGAGGGGUGGGGGAAAUAACAUUUACGGGGCUGAGUGUGGAUGGACCACAACAUUAUUUUGUAAACUCAGUCCCUGGCAACAAGUGCAAAUACUAUUUAAUUCCUCUUCAACUCUGUCCACCUCUGUCUCACCAGUCAAGCUCAUCAAGAUUCCCCAAAACAGCCAGGUCUGUGUGUAAAUGUUGUCUGUAUUUAUUCUGUGAAGAAUUGAUUGACCUAGUGAUGUAAGAUUCAUUCCCCAGGCAGACAGGAAGCUGAAACACUAGCUGAGUCCGGGAGCAUUUGGUGCCAACAUUGAGGACAGUGUGCAGACAGAGUUGUGAAUAUAUGGGCUCUGGGUUUGCCCUGUGGUUGUGUUCAAGGCAUGUAGUAUGGGAGAGAGGACAGCCAUCUUCAACCCCCUAAUCCUUCAUGUAGGCACUGAUCUGAGAGGAUUUCUUAAGCAAUAUGGGAAUGGUUUCGCCAUGAAAAUAGUGUAUUAAUUUACAUUCAACUACAUUUAAAAAGAAUGUAGAAAAAAGGUCCAGCAAACACUAAGUCCAUUCUCUCAGAUCUACACAAAGUGGCUGGGGGUUGAUGUAGAACUGGGAAGUUUUAGUUGCUUUGCAGUGAAGGUGGCAUUGACGUGUAGGUUAGAGAGGGGCUAGCCAUGACAAGACAGUGAUAUGGUGGUUUAAUAAUGUCUGUGACGGCAGAGCUGCCUCUGUGGCCAGGAGCAGCUUUGCGUCACUGAUACUAAACUUUAAACCAGGGCCUGUUCUCCCUCAGCCUCUUUUCCACCACUUUAGCUUUUAUGGUUAUGGUGACUCGCUCUGUUAAACUUUGCACUCCUCAGACUACUCUGAAAAUCACAACCUCAAUCACCCCUGCCUUCCCCAGUCUCCCCCUGCCCUCUCUUACCCCUCUUCCUGCCCUAUUACGCUUCUGCCUCUCUCUUGAUUGGCUGAGGUGGUGGAGGGACUUUUGCCUGAAGUGCACUUACUCACUGUAACAUCCCAACCCCCAUCCAUCCAUCCAGUCAUAACUUCCCUAGAAAAGAGCCAUAAUGUUAUACAAUGAGAUAUUGCGUAAACUGUCAGGUCAGAGCCAGUCAAUGCUUCAAAGGGUGUGGAAUCACUAACCCUAAUGUUAGUUCUGAAGCUAAUCAGGAUGUGAGUGAGGUGACCAAGGACAAGACAGCAGGGUGAAGUCCACACUGAGCCAGCAGCCACGUCCUUCUCUGACUGGCAUCAUGGCACACAGGUCUUUGGAGGAACUCCAACACCUUUCCUUACCCCAGUCCUCCCUCCCUUCCUCUCCAGCCCUCUCAGAUCAGAAGAUCAACAUGUAAGGGAAACUAGAGGAGAGCCAUGUUCUACAUCUGCAUUGCUUGCUGUUUGGGGUUUUAGGCUGGGUUUCUGUAUAGCACUUUGUGACAUCUGCUGAUGUAAAAAGGGCUUUAUAAAUACAUUUGAUUGAUUAGAGUAUUAGGAUAUCGUACAGCCUGUCAUGUGAUCCCUGCCCAUGACCACUGGGGGGAGACGGAGAGCGCUGAUCCCUGCCCUCCCCUGGCUGUCUCCUGUUACUGACAGGGUUAAUAAUUCACCAAUAUAGGACAGAGGAGGGGCUAUCCAUCAUUCAGCAGACCAUGACACCAUCUUUUACCUGCCUGAACAGGCAGGGUCCAUAACUCUGUCCUGGAGUCAGAAAUCCUCUCUCCCUAGUCAGUCACUAACAUGAAUAGUGUUUCGAUAGUGUGGAACAAAGCCUGCACACCCUGUAACUGUCCAGGACCAGGGUUUUUGACUACUGGAGUAGUGUUAAGCAGAGCAGAACAUCCGCAACAUAGCAGCAGAUGGAGAUGCAACAAAUGGAAUGGAAAUGACUCAUACUUGAUGUAGGAUUGUGUCCAUUCUAUACAGUACAUUUCUAUCUUCAACAUUCCAAAUCAUUUAUGUCAUUGAGUCAGCGUUUUUAAGUGAGUGGAAUUGGUUGUGAGAAUCUCGUAGUGUUUCCUAAAUGGAUGGUCAAGGCCCUCUUGUAUAAAUCUUUUAUGAACAUUAUGGACAGAGACAUCACUUUGAAAGGCUUUAGGUGAGUCACAGCUCACCACCUGUUCUAUGUAGGCCCAGGGUUGAACUAAGAGGUGACCAAGUGCAAUGAAUUCCUGUUUAUCGUAGAUGUACAUAUGUGAAUGUGUUUCCUUUGAGUUGACCUUAAGAUUUCAAUCAGACUCAAACUGUAUUCUCCUGUUAGGGUGCAUCUCAACCGUCUUAGAGUGGAUUCCUUUCCUAGUCUCCUUUCCUUCAUCUGCACUAAUAGGAAACAAUUGGAUGGAUGACAAUAAAUGAAUCCACCAUAUUGCUUUCAUCCUAUGUCUUCAGAUGCGUGGUGCUUAAGGAGAGAAGAGUAGGGGAAGACACUUUAGAUGAUCGAGACUGACCAUAAGAGUAUGAGGGCGAUGUGGUCGAAUGUCAAGAAUGGAGGUUAAGAUUAUGUUCUAUGCACCAAAGCACUCCUGGUGGUCUGUGGUUACAUUCAACUAAACUAGUCAGAAGUCACUAGAUGGACAAGCUACAACAAACAGAAGUGGCAACUUAGGUUACAGUUAGGUUGAGGUUAAUAUUUGUGAUUAGAAGGCAACAGCCUACUUCCAUCCAUUCUAGCAUGGCCAGAUAGUGACGACUGUAAAUGAGUCAGCUUCCUGAACGCACAACCAAAAAUGGAAAUGCACCCCACUUAUUGAAGUGGUAGACUAACUACGGCAGGCUAGGGCUGCUUUCCUAUUCUCCAUUCUGCCUAUGCCCUUGUUAACUCCCCCUCACGAAAUGUAAAGCUUUGGGUAAGUGUAAACGAUUAUGCUUAUUGCUCCUAGUACCCUUUUGAUAGGCUGGAGGGAGUUUCUACCAUCAUGCUAACACCUAUCCAAUCCUCUCAGAUCUUAGAGGGCAAGCCAGCAAGAGCAGAUGGAGGGGAGUGGGUUGAAGAAUUGAAGUGCCCUGUAGGUCUACUAAUAAUAGCUAAAAAGCAGUAUAGUAGAGUUUUUAUACACUACUACAGCACAUGCCUUCACUGGACAACAUUUGAAAGAGCUUUUGAUUUCCACUAGUUAUUGAAAGUGUCCCAGAAGACUUUGCACACUUGCUUUCAAAGACAUUCAAUUAAAUACGUUAGUAAAGAAAAAGUCCCCCAUUUUAAAAAGCUAGUAAUACACAUGUAGGAAGUUAAGCGUGCACUAAUGUGGGACUUGAUUUUAUUCUUGUUAUUCCAAUAUAGCCCUGUGGAUAUGUGCUGGCUAUGGAAGGGUUACAUCCUGAUGGUGGUAUUUUUAGACUAGAGACAUGUUAAAGGGGGUAUUUAUUGAGUGAAUCUGUCAUGUUUUUAUUUUCUAUAUACAUACCAAAAUGGUUAGCUUCAUAAGUCUUGCAGUUAAUUUGAAAGUCACUUUUUGUGUGUGUGAAUGUACUAAACUGACUUAACUGGAAAACACACUACAGAUAACUAGAUUUUACUUUCUCCAUAUUUACUUUUUUGUACAUGCGUUUGACUGAUUUGAAUUUUAGACAAGUGUUCAUUAGAAACGGUAUAAAAGAGGGCCUAACAUUAAGGUGUGUGUGUGUGGUGGGGCGGGUGUAGGGAGUCAGCCAUUCUCGAAGGGGAUGCUGUGGCAUUAAGGCCAGCGGAGAGGAGACAGAGGUUGUAAAUACUCUAAGAAAUACUGUGAAAAUCUGACUGUAUAGUGAUCCUCCACACUUCUGUGUGAGUGCUAGGGAGUAAUUUAACAUUGGUAAGUAAAUAUUUCCAUUAAAAAAUGUCUGAACUUUU